AUGUCUGGUUAUACGCACCCUCAGCUAGGGCAAGAACUGCAUCUACAGAGACAUGAAGAUUCCAUAAGUACCCCACCUGACCAUAAGAACAUGGAACUUAACAGAUCUGAAGCAGAUAACAUCGAAGCAAAGGCCGAGACCACUCCUACCGGCGGAGCAACUAGCUCAGCCACCGCCUCUGGUUCUUCCUCCGGUCGCCGUCCACGUGGCCGUCCUGCUGGUUCCAAGAACAAACCUAAACCUCCGACGAUUGUUACCAGAGAUAGUCCUAACGUCCUUAGAUCCCACGUUCUUGAAAUCACCUCCGGCUCGGACAUAUCACAAGCUGUUUCAACUUACGCGACUAGACGCUGUUGCGGCGUUUGCGUUAUAAGCGGGACCGGUGCGGUCACUAAUGUCACGAUACGGCAACCGGCGGCUCCGACAGGUGGAGGUGUGGUUACACUGCAUGGUCGGUUUGAGAUAUUGUCUUUGACCGGGACUGCGCUUCCGCCGCCUGCACCGCCGGGAGCAGGUGGUUUGACGGUGUAUCUAGCCGGAGGACAAGGACAAGUUGUGGGAGGGAAUGUGGCUGGUUCGUUGAUUGCUUCAGGUCCAGUAGUGUUGAUGACUGCGUCUUUUGCAAACGCGGUUUAUGAUAGGUUACCGAUUGAAGAGGAAGAAACUCCGCCGCCGAGAACCACCGGAGUGCAGCAGCCUCAGUCGACGGCGUCUCAGUCGUCGGAGGUUACGGGGAGUGGUGCUCAAGUGUGUGAUUCAAAUCUCGGAGGAAGAGGAGGAGUAGCUUUCUAUAAUCUUGGAAUGAAUAUGAACAAUUUUCAAUUCUCCGGCGGAGAUAUUUUCGGUAUGAGCGGAGGCGGUGGCCGAGGAUAA